AUGAAAGAAAUGAGAAAAAGGCUCAAUCGAAUUAUUAGCUCUUCCUCCAAAGUGCAAAGAUAUCUUGUAGAGUAAAAGGAGUAAAAAUAUUGAAUAUUAUAGACAUUAAAAAAAAGUAACUGCUUAAAUAUGA